AUGGAUCAUAAUAAUACUAAUAAUAAUAAUGAGUUAGACCAAAAUUAUACACCACCUGCACAAUCUCAAUCUAAAAAUAAAAGACAUAAAACAAAUACAUCAAAGCAAGAAAAUGAAACAAGAAGUUUAGCUCAAGCUUCACGUACUUUAAAAGCUUGUGAACUAUGUAGAAAACAAAAAACAAGAUGUUUUAGAGUACCAGAAGAUCUUAACAAAUGUUUAAGAUGUAAAUUCUUAAGUAAAAAAUGUUCAUUUGAAAAUGAUAAUGAUUUACCACCGCCAAAUAAUACUGUUUUAAAUAAUUCAGAGGAUAAAUUAAAUCAAAUUCACCAGGGCAUAAAUGAAAUUUUAUCAAUUUUGAAAAACAACAAAGAAGAUUCAAAUUCAGAUGCUAGAUUAUUAAUUGAAACCGUUCAAUCGAUGCAGAAUUCGAUAGAUGAAGUUUCACAAACUUUAAAUUUUGAAAACCCAAUGAAUAGAUUUUUAACAUCACCAUUUUCAAUUGUAAAUAAUCAAUUGAAAGAUCAAAAUGAUGAAUUAAUACCUGAUCAAAUUCUGAAUUUGAAUUUCAAAUGUGCUCCUGAUCCUAUAAAUGGUUAUAAACCAACUAUCGCAAAUUUAGGAAUAUUUAAUAAUUUUGAAAUCAUGAACUUGAUUGAUGAUUUUAGAAGAAAUUAUGGAAGAUGGGUCUCAUUCCCACCAGGAGUAACAACAAACAUUCUAUUCAGUGACAUGAUUGAUAAGUGUCCCUUAUUGUUGACAUCAUGUAUUUUAAUAAGUUAUAAAUAUUCAAUUUUUGAUCCAGAUAGGGAAUUUGAAACAGAUGAGAAAAUAAAAUACUUAAAGAUGAUUAGACAGUUAAUUUUAGACUUGGAUGACUCUUUGUUGAAAUAUUCAUCUUUUAAAGACAAUGAGAAUGGAUUUCUUGAAUUUUUACAAUCAAUGGUUAUUUUAUCAAUUUAUUCUACUUCCAUAUCAUCAACCGUGUCUGCAAUCAUGAAUAAAUAUGAAAUAGAUGAGUUUCUGGAGAAAGAUAAGCAGAUGUUUCAAAAUUUCAAUUUGGAUCCUUGGAUGUUAUCAUGUAAUGGAUUAACUACAUUUAUUACAAAAUCAACUUUUGGUAGACUUAAGAAUCGUGAACCAUUAAUAAUGUUAAGAAUUUAUAAUCAUUUAUGUCUUGUUCAUUUAAUUAAUAGUAUAUUUACAGGAAGAAUGUCAAUAUUAGAUGAAAAUAAAAUUAAAGAUUGUUCAUCAGCAUUAAGUUUAUUAAAUGCUACAAAUUUUGAUGGUAGAAUGGUGAGCGAAAUUGGAAUAUUAUUCAUUACUUAUAAAUAUAUCCAACUGAAUUCAAAUGAAACUAGUGUUGAAAAAUUAAAACGUAAUUUUAUAUCAGUAAUGAAUGAAAUUUCUCAAUGGUAUGAAACUUGGGAAUAUUUACUUAAUCAGCCAGCAUUACAAUUUAUUGAAUUUAAUUAUAAUAUUUGCAUGAUGUUAAUACAAUAUAUUUAUUCAUUUAAACUACUGUCAAUUAAAAAUGAAACUGAUAAAUCAUUAGAUUUUGAAAAUUUAUCCUUUGUCCUCAAUUCUUGUGAUUUUAAAAUGUUACAAAAAAUGUUUGAACAUGCCAGUGCAGCCAUCAGUCAUAUAAAUAAUAUCCAAAAUGAUUCUUAUUUUGCUUAUUUAUCUGAUCAAUUACAUUUUUGUUUUUAUUUUGCAGCUAUAUUCACUUGUAGCUUACUCAAGCAUAUACUAGAUCCAAAUACAAAUUUGCAACAAGCGUUUAAUAGAGAUUUACUAGCUCAAGCAGAGGCAAACAUCAAAUCUGUCAUUGCCAAAUUUUGUUUAAUAAAUAGGGUUAACUUUGGAUUAUUUUAUAAAUAUGGUGUAAGUCUAGAAGAUUUCAUGAAUAAAUUUUCAUUGAAUAUAUAA